AUGCAAUGGAUGAAGGUAACACAAAUGAAUAAAACAAGUUCACAUAUCGAAAACAAAUUGCGAUAUAAACAUAUCGCAGCAGCAUGGAUUGCGUCUAACUGUGAAACAGUUGAUCGUCUUGACUACGUCCACGUUCUACAAAAAGAAUUGUCUAAAUAUGGACAUCGUGUAGAUGUAUACGGGAAAUGCGGUAAUCUUCAAUGUCCUAGGAAAGAAGCUAUGGAUGAAUGUUUUGCCUUAAUAGAACAAGAUUAUUAUUUUUAUUUGGCCUUUGAAAAUUCAAACUCGCAAGAUUACGUCACUGAAAAGUUGUUGCAUGCCUUAGAACACUAUACGGUGCCUGUCGUUCUUGGGGGUGCAAACUAUAGCAGGUUCAUGCCCAAGGGAAUAUACUUGGAUGCCGGCAGGUUAGGCCCAGAGAGGCUAGCGAAAAGAAUGAACGAAAUCAUGAAUGAUGAGGAGAAGUAUUAUGAGUUCUUUAAAUGGCAUGGGUAUUACAGCUUCCACGACACAGUUGAAGAUCGAUAUCACAGAGAAAUCUGCGGAUUGUGUGAUUUGCUCAAUAAUAAAACACGAAUGAAACAGACCAGCAUAUGGCAUAAUCUUAUUCAAUGGUGGAAUGUUCCAUUUCCUGCUACACGACCUGAGUGGCACCUUGUACUGGACGAUGAUGACGUUGUGGAUACUGGUAUACAGGGAUUCGCUAAUAAAUUGUACAAUUAUGUCUUUGAAUCUUAG